AUGGAUUACGUGUUUAAUAUAACUUUCGAAAGAGAAAAGUUCUAUGCAAGUCAGAAUUUUAUGAAUCGAGACGAGAUGCAAGACGCUGAGAUUGUCUAUACGUGGGAGAUGGAUUUCAAUCAAAGUAAACUUUGGGCCUCAACUUUGCUUGUGCCCAAGAUGCCCACACCCACUCCACCGUCCACAACCGCCAUGCCUUUGUGGGCUUAUAAUUCUUGGGUGUGCCUCUUCUCAGCUAUGCUAGCUGUAGCUAUUGGAGGGAAUGCAAUAGUUAUUUGGAUAGUUACAGCCCACCGUCGAAUGAGAACAGUUACCAACUAUUUUCUGGUGAAUUUGUCAUUUGCUGACCUAAUGAUGGCAUCACUUAACUGUCUUUUCAACUUCAUCUACAUGUUACAUAGUGAUUGGGUGUUUGGAGUUCGAUACUGCCAAUUAAGUAACUUCAUAGCAAAUGUUACAGUUGCAGCCAGCGUUUUUACUUUGACGGGUAUUUCCUUUGAUAGGUAUCAAGCUAUCGUCAGACCAAUGAGACCAAGGAUGUCUAAAACAUGCUCUUUGAUAAUGAUAGCUGGAAUAUGGAUAAGUGGAAUGCUUCUAGCGAUACCAUGUUUACUUUAUUCAACAACGAAAGAAUACCGGUCGAAAGGCACUUUAAAAACUGCUUGUUUGUUGUCCUGGCCAGAUGGAUUACCUGAUGUUUCUUAUAUGGAUUUUGUGUAUCAAGUGUUAUUUUUCGUGAUAACGUACGCAGUACCAAUGCUGGGAAUGAUAUUUUUUUAUUCGGCGAUGGGACGUGUUUUAUGGGGGUCACGUUCCAUAGGGGAACUCACUCAACGUCAAGUUGAUUCUAUACGCUCGAAGCGAAAGGUUGUGAAAAUGUUUAUUUUGGUGAUAGUAAUAUUCGGUAUCUGUUGGUUGCCGUAUCAUUCCUACUUCAUCUACACUCACUUCAACCCUUCCAUAUUAUAUAUGAAGUACGUUCAGCAUAUGUAUCUCGGCUUUUACUGGUUAGCCAUGGCAAAUUCUAUGGUUAACCCUAUAAUAUAUUACUGGAUGAAUGCAAAAUUCAGAACAUACUUCCGCACGGCAAUUUUGUGCCGGUGGCGCGCGUCGUGUUGCCGCCGCCAACGUCCGCCUCCUGAAUCCCCGCCGGACUGUGUAUCGCAGUCCGGUAGUCGAUCCCGAUCAGGUAUAGAGGAACGCAAAGAAUUAAGAGGAAAUGCAGCGGGCGAAUGGCCGCGGUUGUUGUACCGAGAAUCCCCCGCCCCGCGAUUGCAGAGACAGAAUUUGCUUGCUAGCUGCCCUCGAUGUCCCCAUCGGACCCACUAUGACGCAUACAUUCACGGUCGGAAAGCUUAA